GCCCAGCCACCAUUUCAAGACUUGGCAAGGACAGGGGCGGGCCCCGGACUCCACUUCCCGGCAGGCGGUGCGGCCCGAGGGGGCGGAACUCCAUUUCCCAGCAGGCUCCAGGCGGCGGGCGCUGCUGUGCCUUGUGUGGGAUGUAAGCGCGGAGGCCGAGGCCCGCCGCCAUGGGGCUGAAGGCCGCCCAGAAGACGCUGUUCCCGCUGCGCUCCAUAGACGACGUGGUGCGCCUGUUCGCUGCCGAGCUGGGCCGAGAGGAGCCGGACCUGGUGCUCCUAUCCUUGGUACUGGGCUUCGUGGAGCACUUCCUAGCUGUCAACCGCGUCAUCCCCACCAACGUGCCCGAGCUCACUUUUCAGCCCAGCCCUGCGCCCGACCCUCCUGGCGGCCUCACCUACUUCCCCGUGGCCGACCUGUCCAUCAUCGCCGCGCUCUAUGCCCGCUUCACCGCCCAGAUCCGCGGCGCCGUCGACCUGUCUCUCUACCCGCGAGAGGGGGGCGUCUCCAGCCGCGAGCUGGUAAAGAAGGUCUCCGAUGUCAUCUGGAACAGCCUCAGCCGCUCCUACUUCAAGGAUCGGGCCCACAUCCAGUCCCUCUUCAGCUUCAUCACAGGCACCAAACUGGACAGCUCUGGUGUGGCCUUUGCCGUGGUGGGGGCCUGCCAGGCCCUGGGUCUCCGGGAUGUCCACCUGGCCUUGUCUGAGGACCAUGCCUGGGUAGUGUUUGGGCCCAAUGGAGAACAAACAGCUGAGGUCACCUGGCAUGGCAAGGGCAACGAGGACCGCAGAGGCCAGACAGUCAACGCGGGUGUGGCUGAGCGGAGCUGGCUGUACCUGAAAGGAUCAUACAUGCGCUGUGACCGCAAGAUGGAGGUGGCAUUUAUGGUGUGCGCCAUCAACCCUUCCAUUGACCUGCACACUGACUCCCUGGAGCUGCUGCAGCUGCAGCAGAAGCUGCUCUGGCUGCUCUAUGACCUGGGACAUCUGGAAAGGUACCCUAUGGCUCUGGGGAACCUGGCAGAUCUGGAGGAGCUGGAGCCUACCCCUGGCCGGCCGGACCCACUCACCCUCUACCACAAGGGCAUUGCCUCAGCCAAGACCUACUACCGGGAUGAGCACAUCUACCCCUACAUGUACCUGGCUGGCUACCAUUGUCGCAACCGCAACGUGCGUGAAGCCCUGCAGGCCUGGGCUGACACGGCUACUGUCAUUCAGGACUACAACUACUGCCGUGAAGACGAGGAGAUCUACAAGGAGUUCUUUGAAGUAGCCAAUGAUGUCAUCCCCAACCUGCUGAAAGAGGCUGCCAGCCUGUUGGAGGCCGGCGAGGAGCGGCCAGGGGAGCAGACCCAGGGCACCCAGAGCCAGGGUUCUGCCCUCCAGGACCCAGAGUGUUUCGCCCAUCUGCUGCGAUUCUACGAUGGCAUCUGCAAAUGGGAAGAGGGCAGUCCCACGCCCGUGCUGCACGUGGGGUGGGCCACCUUCCUUGUGCAGUCCCUGGGCCGUUUUGAGGGACAGGUGCGGCAGAAGGUACGCAUAGUGAGCCGAGAGGCAGAGGCGGCCGAGGCAGAAGAGCCUUGGGGCGAGGAAGCCCGAGAAGGCCGGCGGCGGGGCCCGCGGCGGGAAUCCAAGCCUGAGGAGCCUCCGCCGCCUAAGAAGCCGGCGCUGGACAAGGGCCCAGGCGCGGGCCAGGGUGCGGUGCCAGGACCCCCCCGGAAGCCCCCAGGCACCGUCCCGAGCACUGCCCGCGGCCCUGAAGGCGGCAGCGCGGCUCCAGCGCUGGCGCCCGCCGCCUCGCCGCCACCGGAGGGUCCGGUGCUCACUUUUCAGAGCGAGAAGAUGAAGGGCAUGAAGGAGCUGCUGGUGGCCACCAAGAUCAAUUCGAGCGCCAUCAAGCUGCAGCUCACGGCUCAGUCACAAGUGCAGAUGAAGAAGCAGAAGGUGUCUACACCUAGUGACUACACUCUUUCAUUCCUCAAGCGGCAGCGCAAGGGCCUCUGAAGUACCCGGGUCUCAGUAGCGGCCCACUCGGAGCCCGCCCUCAAUCAGGAUUAGGUUCCACCCCAGCCCCCCUAGCGAGCCCAGGCUCCGCCCCUGGCCUAGGGGCCUAGGCCCCGCCUCCAGGCCUCACCCCUACCCGGAACUCAGGCUGCAGGUUCCCAGAGUAGACUCCACCCAGCGCCCGAACCGAGGGCUCCGCCCAGUCACUGGAAUAUGGAGCCCAUCCCCCAGAAUCCCAGCCGGCCAAUUGAAACCUUACCCUGAGUCCUUCACCCAUCUUUAAAGGUCCAACUACGGGAAGCUCAGGCUCCAUCUCAGAACCGAGGCUCUAACCUUAGGCCUGACCAGUG